CACCAAGGUGCCACCAUGUCUGUGCCAUCACCCCUGAGGGUGCUGCCCAGCCCCCCGAAUGCCACUGCCGGCAUUCCCGUGAGCAACCAGACCAAUGAGACAUUCUGCACAAGCAGCCAGCAGGUAGUGAUCCCUGGCGAACUCUUCCUGACCCUGGGGAUCCUGAGCUUUGUGGAGAACUUGUUAGUGGUGGCCGCCAUUGUCAAAAACCGGAACCUGCAUUCGCCCAUGUACUAUUUCAUCUGCUGCCUGGCUAUGUCAGACAUGCUGGUGAGCGUCAGCAACCUAGUGGAGACCCUCUUCAUGCUUCUGCUGGAGCAUGAGAUGAUGGUUGUGCAGCCCACCACCGUGAUGCACCUGGAUAACGCCAUGGACAUGCUGAUCUGCAGCUCCCUGAUGUCCUCGCUCUCCUUCCUUGGUGUCAUCGCCAUUGACCGCUACAUCACCAUCUUCUACGCCUUGCGGUAUCACAGCAUCAUGACCAUCCAGAGGGCUGUCACCAUCAUCGUGGUUGUCUGGGUGGUCAGCAGCAUCUCCAGCACCAUCUUCAUUGCCUACGAUGGCAAGGCGGUCAUCCUCUGCCUGGUCAUCUUCUUCCUCUCCAUGAUCACCCUGAUCAUGGGCCUCUACAUCCACAUGUUCAGCCUGGCUCACCAACAUGCCCGCAGGAUCUCCAGCCUGCAAAGGAAGCAGUCGGCGCCCCACUUCACUAGCAUGAGAGGGGCCAUCACCCUCACCAUCCUGCUGGGCGUCUUCUUCAUCUGCUGGGGCCCCUUCUUCCUUCACCUGAUCCUCAUCCUCACCUGCCCUGAGAAGCCCGCCUGCAACUGGUACUUCAGAUACUUCAACCUCUAUCUCAUCCUCCUCAUUUGCAACUCUGUGGUGGACCCCAUAAUUUACGCCUUCCGGAGCCAGGAGCUCAGGAGGACUUUGAAAGAGGUGGUCUUAUGCUUUUGUCUCUACAAAUCAAUGCAACUCACAGCCUGGUUGUUCUGGAAUGUGGGCACCAUCUAUUGCCUGGAGGUGGCACUGGUGUUUGCUGCCUUUGCCCUUCAGGUCCUCUUGGGCAAACGUCCUGAGCUGGUUCUAUGUCCCCAUCCAGGAAAGCACCAUUGCUCAGUGAUAGAGGACCUCUUCUCCCCUGUUCAAUCUCUGGUGUCUUCAGGACGUCAGCGCCCCGGCCUGGGUGCAGCGGGAGGCGCCUAUAAAACCCGCCGGCAGCAGCCUGGACGCCUCCGCCAGCCGCUCCGCCAGCUGCAGCCGCCGCCCACCCACCCGCCUGCCUGCCCGCAGCCGCCCCCCCGUAGCACCAGCCGCAGCAGCAUGAGGGAGAUCGUGCACAUCCAGGCGGGCCAGUGCGGCAACCAGAUCGGAGCCAAGUUCUGGGAGGUGAUCAGUGAUGAGCAUGGUAUAGACCCCAGUGGGAACUAUGUCGGUGACUCUGACCUGCAGCUGGAAAGGAUCAGCGUUUAUUACAAUGAAGCCUCUUCUCACAAAUAUGUUCCUCGUGCUAUUCUGGUGGACCUGGAGCCUGGCACCAUGGACAGUGUUCGUUCAGGUGCUUUUGGGCACCUCUUCAGACCAGACAACUUCAUCUUUGGACAAAGUGGCGCUGGGAACAACUGGGCAAAGGGUCAUUACACAGAAGGCGCUGAGCUGGUGGAUUCCGUCUUGGAUGUAGUGCGAAAAGAGUGUGAGAACUGCGACUGUCUACAGGGCUUCCAGCUCACUCAUUCCCUGGGUGGGGGUACGGGGUCUGGCAUGGGGACUCUCCUCAUUAGCAAAGUCCGUGAAGAAUACCCCGACCGGAUCAUGAACACUUUUAGUGUGGUGCCUUCCCCCAAAGUGUCUGACACUGUGGUGGAACCCUACAACGCUACCUUGUCCAUCCACCAGCUGGUGGAAAACACGGACGAGACCUACUGCAUUGACAAUGAAGCCCUCUAUGACAUCUGCUUCAGGACCCUCAAGCUGGCCACGCCCACCUACGGAGACCUCAACCACCUCGUUUCUGCCACCAUGAGCGGCGUCACCACCUCCCUGAGAUUCCCAGGCCAGCUCAAUGCCGACCUCCGCAAACUGGCCGUCAACAUGGUGCCCUUCCCUCGCCUCCAUUUCUUCAUGCCGGGCUUUGCUCCGCUGACGGCCCGUGGGAGCCAGCAGUACCGAGCCCUCACUGUCCCCGAGCUCACCCAGCAGAUGUUUGACGCCAAGAACAUGAUGGCCGCUUGCGACCCCCGCCACGGCCGCUACCUCACGGUGGCCACCGUCUUCCGGGGCCGCAUGUCCAUGAAGGAGGUGGAUGAGCAGAUGCUAGCCAUCCAGAGCAAGAACAGCAGCUAUUUCGUGGAGUGGAUACCCAACAACGUCAAGGUGGCUGUGUGCGACAUCCCUCCCCGGGGCCUCAAGAUGUCCUCCACCUUCAUUGGCAACAGCACAGCCAUCCAGGAGCUCUUCAAGCGCAUCUCGGAGCAGUUCACGGCCAUGUUCCGGCGCAAGGCCUUCCUCCACUGGUACACCGGUGAGGGCAUGGAUGAGAUGGAGUUCACAGAGGCCGAGAGCAACAUGAACGACCUCGUCUCGGAGUACCAGCAGUACCAGGAUGCGACAGCCGAAGAGGAAGGAGAGAUGUAUGAAGAUGACGAGGAGGAAUCGGAAGCCCAGGGUGCCAAGUGAAGGGCUGGGGCCACAGGCAGCGCUUGGGUUCCUCCCAGUGAGAGCUAAGCAGUGACAUGGGCCUGUCGUUCAUCGCCGUCCAUCUUUGCUACUCAUUUGCUGAGUUGUAGACAACCAGCUUCUAGUUGCUUCUGAUUCAAGGGUUCCAAAACUUAAAAGCUGUUCAGUAUUUAACCCCCUUCCUCCUCCUCCUCCUCUCCCCUCCUCCGCCCUAUAUUCCCUCUCCUUUGCCCCCAAGUCUUAUAAGUUAGUGCAGCUCCCUCUGUCCAUGACUUUGAUAACUUCAAGGGCCCUGGUCUUUAUUUUUUACUGGUCUGUGUCUAUUUUUAUGUUUUGGAAUACUUAAUAAAUCUAUUGCUGUCCAGCA